AUGAAGAGGGCCGCUUCUGAUGAUAGUGAUGGGGGUGCCAAGAAGGCCCCCAGGAUGUCACCGGGGCCGAGUAGGCGGAGCCCCAGUUACUCGAUCGAGACGGACCCUUCGGAGGAUCCCACGGAGGGCAGCUAUGAUACCGAUCCUUCGGAGGACCCAGCGACGAUUCCUCCGGAGAUGUUGACCCCCAGAGCAGAGGAUAGUUAUGAUACGGAUCCGUCGGAGGACCCAUCUACGAUUCCUCCAGAGUCUCCGAUCCCUGGAGCAGAGGAUCCCGUGGAGGAUGGCUAUGAUACAGAUAUCUCGGAGGAUCAGGCGAUGACCCCUCCAGAGCUUCUUACCUCCACGGAGGAGGAUAGUUAUGAGGCAGACCUAUCGGAGCCUUCUUCUGGGACUACGGAGGAGAGGAUUUCCUACGGUACGCCAGUUGUUUCUGAGGGUGAGCAUGUCAGCCCGGCUACCUCGGAGAGUGCUAUGGAUUUCACUUUGAUCUGGUCACCUGUGAGCGGGAUUUGUCUGAUCAUCCACUCGAUACCCCCUCCGAUUCAGAUGCGGGUGACAGCGGAGACCAGAUAG